CCGCGCUUGGUCGAAAUAGUUUAAAUUUUAUUUGUUACAGCCUUUUAAUGGAUCAAAAUGUCAAGAAUAUCGAUCUCAAACUGGACAAUAUUGAGGUGUUGACCACCGGCACGGCGGCGGAGUUUGUUAAUGGCAUUCUGGAUUUCUUGCUCUAUCAACGCCGCCAAAUUCCAUUCGUGUACAAAACGUACAAAUAUUAUGUGGAUAAAUGGUCUAGUGCGGAGGAAUCUGGGGAAACGAAGGAUCGGGAGUCGUUUGCCCACUACCAACUUAACCAGCAGCGUUCCAAGGCAAAGGCCACCAAGCAGUCCAUUAGCGACAUGAGAGAGCUCAUAAGACAAGCCUUCAGAACAUCGGAAGUGAAGAGCCUGCGAUUUCUCUUUGGCAAUAACACCUUUAUGCCCUCGGAGGCUUAUACCCUGCACAUACCACAUGAUUCCAUAUCCAGGGAUCACUUUUACGAGCACCAUGCCCUACCUGAAGGCCGUAUAAACCAGGCGCUAAUCCGUCUUCUCACUUGCGAGGAGCUGUACACCUUGUUCUCCACGGAGCUGAAUGCCACCAAUGUGUUUCUGGAAAUGGAACUCCUUACAGACGCUAAAAAUGCAAAAGGAUGCCAUGGUGACUCAGUUAAUCUGAUUCCCAAGGACGUAAUGAGCCAACUGCCGCGUAGUUGCAAGAACAUACACCUGAACCUCCUGCAUUGCACCGACAAUAUAUCGACUGAACUACGGUGCUGCAAGGAUUUGGCCAUUUACCAGGAUCUUGGUUUGCUGAAACUGGAUAAGUCCGAAGAAGACGAUAGCAGGACUAACGACUCUUUGGAGGCAACCAAGGAAUCUAGUGGCUGGUGGCAAGCCGAGGUCAUAGUUCGCGGUUUCAGGGCUCCUGCCAACCAAAAGUCAGGAUGUAUAUGGUCUAGCUAACAUUUUUUGUAUUAAAAAAUAUACGCAUAUUCAGUGCCAAGAAUAAAUUCUUAAUAAUUUACUUUA